AUGGCCUGUGGCAUGCCGGGCACAGCAAGCAGGAGGGGAGCUACAGGUCCCAAAGGGCAGUUUGCCAAUGGCAGCGGCCAGAGUGAGUCCCGUGCCGUGGUGGGACGAGUCGGGGAGAGCACGGUGCUGGGCUGCGACCUUCUGGACGCCCAUGAAGCUCGUCCCCCCCUCUACGUGAUCGAGUGGGUCCGCUUCGGCUUCGUCCUCCCCAUCUUCAUCAAGUUCGGGCUCUACUCGCCGCGGGUGGAACCCGAGUACAUUGGUCGCGUACGGAUCGAGGAAGGCGCCUCGCUGCGCAUCGACCUCCUGCGCGCCGAGGACCAAGGCUGGUACGAGUGCCGUGUGCUCUUCCUCGACCGGCACAGCACUGACGCUGACUUCCAGAACGGCACCUGGAUCCACCUCACCGUCAACGCACCCCCCACCUUCCUGGAGACCCCCCCUCCGUUCGUGGAGGUGCGGGACCAGGACACACUGAGCCUUACCUGCACAGCUGUCGGCAACCCCCAGCCUGUUGUCAUCUGGAAGAGGAGCGACCUGACUGUCCAGAGUGGGGACACAGUGCAGGUGAGGAACGGGACGCUGAGCAUCGCUGUCGUGGAGCGUGCCAGUGCGGGCACCUACACCUGCCAUGCUUCCAGCAAGGAGGGCACCAUCACCCACACCACACGUGUGCUUGUGCAGGGGCCACCCAUCAUCGUGGUGCCACCCCAGAACGUCACUGUCAACAUCUCUCAAGAUGCCUUUCUGGCGUGCCAGGCAGAGGCGUACCCGGGAAACCUCACCUACACCUGGUUCCAAGGCAGCAGCAAUGUCUUCCACCUCAGCCGCCUCCAGGCUCGGGUCCGCAUCCUGGUGGAUGGGAGUCUCCUGCUCCAGCAAACGACCCCGGACGACGCCGGCAAAUACACCUGCAUCCCCAGCAACGGGCUGUGGAAACCACCUUCUGCCUCGGCCUUCAUCACAGUGCUGUAUCCGGCACAGGUGACCACCAUGCUCCCAGAGACCCACCUGCCCAAGGGGAUGCAGGGUGUGAUCCGCUGCCCCACCAGGGCCAACCCCCCGCUGCUCUCCGUCAGCUGGACGAGGGACGGGCGCCUGCUGGAGCUGGACAAGCUGGUGAUCCCUUGCGCCGCCCGUGGGGACCCCCCUCCAACCAUCACCUGGCUGAAGGUGGGCAGCACUGGGAAGAGAGGCGCCCAGGUGAAAAGCAGCCUCAUCUUCCGCCCGCUUGUCAAGGAGCAGCACGGGGUCUGGGAGUGCACGGCCACCAACCAGGUGGCCAGCGUCAGCACUGCCACCUCCGUUCACGUGCUGGGUACCAGUCCUCAUGCUGUCACUAAUGUCUCUGUGCUCCCACUGCUGCUGGCAGCCAACAUCUCCUGGGAGCCGGGGUUUGACGGGGGUUAUUUCCAGAGGUUCAGCGUCUGGUACACACCGCUGGUGAAGCACCCGCCCCGGGCCCAUCAUGACUGGGUGUCACUCUCGGUGCCGGUGGGGGCUCAGCACCUCUUGGUGGAGAAUCUGCAGCCAGACAUGAGCUACCAGUUCAGUGUCCUGGCCCAGAACAAGCUGGGCAGCGGCCCCUUCAGCCAGAUCGUCACCUCCGUGCCCAGGGGCUUCCCAGUGACCACAGUGCCUCCAGAGCCACCAGCCAUGACCGUGCGCGUCUUCCUGUCCCCGCCGCAGGCUCUGACCGCCAACGAGACUGUGCGUGGGGUCCUGCUGCAGUGGGAGCCCCCAGCGCAGUCCGCGGUGGCUCUGAGCGGCUACGCGCUGGAGCUGCGGCAGGACAAGGGCAGCUGGGAGGUGCUGGACCGCUCCAUCCCCAGCACGACGACCCAGGUCCUGGUGCCAGGACUCAUCAAGGACGCCUUCUACGAGUUCCGACUGGUGGCCUUUGCUGGCAGCUACAUCAGCGAUCCCAGCAACACGGUGAACGUCUCCACAGCAGGCAUGGAGGUGUAUCCGUCUCGCACCCAGCUGCCGGAGCUUCUGCCGCAGCCAGUGCUGGCCGGGGUCAUCGGGGGGAUCUGCUUCCUCAGCGUGGCUGUCAUCUUCACCACCAUGGCCGCCUGCAUCAUGAACCGCCGGCGUGCCGCACGCAUGCAGAAGCGAAGGCAAGAUCCACCACUCGUCUUCUCCCCCAGCAAGAAGCUUCCACCUCCACACAAUUCUCGUGGCUCUGGUAGCCCAGACAGCACCGUGAAGCUGAAGCUGCAGCCAUCUCCGUACCGGAGCCUGCGCCGGACGCUGCUGUGGGGUGAGAAGGCCGGCACCAGCCUGGGUCUCAGCAUUGCCGGGGCUGGCUCCCGGUAUGCCGUGUACGAGAGCCACGUCGGGGAGCACGUGCCCCUGGAGCGGAUCUGCCGCGGCCCUGACGGACGCUUCGGUUCCCCGUGUGGGGCCAGCCCUGCAGCCUGUCCCUGCAGGAGGAACACCUCGGUGGAUGAGAACUAUGAGUGGGAUGCAGAGUUUGCUCUGGAGUCAGACAUCCUCGAGGCGCUGCAGCUCUACCGCAGCGGGGACCCAGCACGACCGGUCUCCACCAUCGCCCUGCGCGACCUGGAGCGGCAGAGGCUGGCUGGGGUGGGGGGCCACUGUGCCGUGCCGCCUGACCCCCAGCUCCCUCCUGGCCAGGUGCUGUGCCGGCUCAUCAACAGCCUGCACCCGCGGGGCCAGAGCCCGGUGGCCAAGAUCCAGGCGUCCGCCAUGGCCUUCAAGCAGAUGGAACAGAUCUCGCAGUUCCUGCAGGCGGCCGAGCGCUACGGCAUUGCCGCCACCGACAUCUUCCAGACCGUCGACCUCUGGGAAGGGAAGAACAUGGCAUGCGUGCAGAGGACCCUGAUGAACCUGGGCAGCCUGGCUGUGGCCAAGGGCGAUGGGCUCUUCGUGGGAGACCCCAACUGGUUCCCCAAGUAAGUGCAGCGGUCCCAGCAGGGCUUCGCCCGGGGUGGAGGAGAUGCCCGUUCCUGCCUAUCGGAGACCCUGUGGCCUGAUGGGGGGAGCCUGUGGCAGUCGCGCUCUGGCAGCCCCAUCGUGAUCCUUCGGGAUGUGCAGACUGCCUCGAAAGCAUCGCCUGCUGAGGGGCACAAAUCUGAGACCAUCCGUCUCAUCACCAAGGACUUAAUCCGUGACCUCAUUGUCCCUGCAGAGAACCCAGCAGCAUCCCUCAUUAUUGGUCAGGAGGAUUUCCAGCGCAUUAAAGCAGCAGCUCGAGUCCUGACCGAGGAGGAGCGUGAAGCCAAGCUGGCAGCCCUCAAAGCAGAGAAGGAAGCCGUUCAUGAGGCAGCGAGCGAGCGCAAGAGUGCGGCCAAGGAAAAGGCCGUCCUGCAGCAGCAGAAGGGGAAGCUGAGUGAGCUGGAGGAAGAGGCACGGGAGCGGGCCCAGUACCUGCUGCAGCGGGCGAGCAGGCUGCGCAUGGAGCAGGAGGAUGAGAUCAAGGAGUUCAGCGAGCUGAUCCUUGGUGCCAAGUGCCACAUGAUCCGUGACACGCAGAUCCUCGAGAAGCGGCUCAUUGCAAAAGAGCUGGAGGAAGAAGAGAAGCGCCUGGCCACAAUGAUGGAGGUGGAGAGGAAAAAGGCCGAAGAGAUGCAGGAGAAGCUGGAGCGCAGGAGGAAGCAGGAGCUGAUCAGAGGGAGGCAGGAGAUUGUGAAGCAGAUGGAGCAGAACGCGGAGGAGCGGGCUAUGAGAGCCGAGCAGCGGGACCAGGAGGCUCAGGAGAUGCUGGAGCACCUGGAGCAGCUGAAGAUGGAGGACCUGAAGGACUUGGAGCGGAGACAGGAGCAACAGAAGAAAAUCCAGGCUGAGAUUAAACGUGUCAAUGAUGAGAACCAGAGGCUGAAGGAGGAGCAGCGAGAGCAGGAGAGGAUGGCAGACGAGCGGGUGCUCGAGUACCAGAGGCAGAAAAUGGAGCGGGAGGCUGAGUUUGAAGCUGAGCAGGAGAGAAUCCGUCAGGAGAAGGAAAAGGAGAUGGCACGCUUGAGGGCCAUGCAGGAGAGGGCCCAGGACCACCAGGCAGAGCAGGACGCGCUGAGGGCCAAGCGCAGCCAAGAGGCUGCUGAGCGAGAGUGGCGGCGCAAGGAGAAGGAGGCAGUGCAGAGGAAGGCUGAGGUGGAGCAGAUGCUGAAGCAGAGCCGCCUGGAACAGAUUGCCCAGCGGGAGCACAACAUGGCUGUGCAGGUGCAGCAGGACCGCCAUGAGUUUGAGAGGAUUCUCAGGGUCCAGCGGGAGCAGAUGGAGAAGGAGAAGGCAGAGGAAGCGCGGAGGGCAGGUCUGCAGCUCGCCCAUGCUAACGACGUCCGGCGCCAGAUGCGGGAGCGGCAGCAGCAGCUGGCGCAGGAGCGGGUGGCCACCUUCGAGGAGUGCCGGCGGCUGGAGGAGGAGGCUCGCCAGCGCAGCCAGCGCAUCGCCCAGUUCAAGCAGCAGAAGAUGCAGGAGCUCAGAGCCUCCGGCAUCCCCGAGAAGUACUGCGCCCAGGUGGAGCGGAGGGCCCUGAACCGAGCAAGCACAGCCCCUGGCCAGGCUCAGCCCCGCAAGCAGCGGAGCUCUGGUUCCCCAGCAACUUAA